GUCUAACUAGUGUUUUCAUCUGAGUUCCUGGUUUUAAGCUAAUGGAAUAGGAAUAUCGUGGCCAGAUGAUCUGAGAAAAUGAAUUCCAGAGUGAUUUAUUCUCUCAUAGCAAUAGGCGUCGCCAUAAUUUCCAUCUUAGUCUUGGUGUACCAAAAUAGAGGAGAAAAACUGACUUAUUAUGAAAAUUAUUCCCAGACAAAGGGGCAAGAGGAAGGUGGUCAGGAUGCUGGCAGCCAGGUAUUUCAAGAUUUAACUCCAGAAGAGAUAAUGCAAGUAAAGAGGUAUUUACAGUCCAACCUGGGAGUGCCGCUGGUGGAGACAUCUCAAGCCAAGCCAUCAGAUAACUGCAUUUUUAUGAUCACCUUACAGCUCCCUCCCAAAGCACAAGUAUUACAAUUCUUAGAUCAUCAAGGAUCUCAGCCAGCACGGGAAGCUCUGGCUGUGAUCCAUUUUGGAAAUCAGGUGGACCCCAAUGUGACAGAAUUUGUGGUGGGUCCUCUUCCAGAGCCAAUAUACCAUCAAGAUAUCACGGUACAGAAAUAUGGAAGGAAAUUGCCUUAUUCUCAAAGAUUUGUUUUAGCAAAUGAGUUUAAUGAAAUCCAUGAAUUCUUAAAGGACGAAUAUCUUAAGGCUCCAAAUUUCAUGCAAAAGGUUCUAAAUUACAGUGGAAGCAAUAUUCAAUACGAUCAUCAACUUCCAUUAGGGCUGAAAUCAGGAGAUCGCAAAAUGUGGAUGAGCCAUUUGCAGAAUGUGAUUGGACACUAUUUGCAUCCAGUUGGUUUUGAGGUCCAAGUGGAUCAUAGUAGCUUGAAUGUUCCUGAGUGGAAGGUAAUCAAUGUAUUUUAUAAUGGACAGUACUUUGAAGACAUGGAAGAUCUUGAGCAACAAUUCAAUAUGGGAAAGGUUAGAGUAGACAAGGUUAAAGAAGCCCCUCUUGAUGGGGGUUACUCAUCACUGAAGCAGAGGGUGCCUCCAAAAGAUCCAGACCCUUUGCAGUAUGAACCUCGUGGACCACGCUAUAUGAUUCGCAAUAAUCAUGUCACUUUUCUGAGAUGGAGUUUUGCAUUUGGAAUUGAUGCAAGCAGGGGUCCACGUAUCUUUGAUGUCAGGUUUAAUGGAGAAAGAAUAAUUUAUGAGUUAAGUUUGCAAGAAGCAAGCUCUAUCUAUGGCUCCAACAGUCCUAAAUCCAUGUUGACCAGAUACAUGGAUUCCAGCUUUGGAAUUGGGUCCCGUAUUUUUCCCCUCACCCAGGGUCUAGAUUGUCCUUAUUUAUCCAGUUAUUUGGACUUUCACUUUUUUUAUGAUACUUCAUUACCUGUUAGCCGUAAAAAUGCUAUCUGCAUCUUUGAGCAGAAUGCUGAGUUACCCAUACGACGACAUUUUGAAAGUGUACAGUCUCCUUUUUAUGGAGGGUUGGCAGAUUCAAAUCUGGUGUUCCGAACCAUAACUUCAUCUGGCAACUAUGACUUUGUCUGGGAUUUUAUUUUCCACCAAAAUGGAGCAGUUGGUGUUCAGGUCCAUGCCACUGGGUACAUGAUGUCUGAUUUCUACUUUGGUGAUGCCAGAGACUUUGGCAAUAAAGUGCAAGAAUGGGUGCUGGGUUCAAUUCAUACCCAUAAUAUUCAUUUCAAGGUGGAUUUGGAUAUUGGUGGUGUGAAAAAUACCCUGGUUCGCAAUGACAUGGCUUUUGAGACCUUGAGGGCCCCUUGGAGCCCAGAACAUAAGAUCUAUCAAAUGAAGAUGGUGAGGGAACUUUUUGACACCGAGAACAAGGCUUCAUUCCAUCUCCAUGAUGAUAUGCCCAGAAACAUUUUUUUUGCAUCCAACCACACAAACAAGUGGGGCCAUAAGCAAGGCUAUAGGAUCCAGAUGGUCAGCUUUUCUGGAGAACAUCUGCCGGAGUCAGAUCCAAUGGAGCGAGGCCUCAGCUGGGGUCGUUAUAAGCUGGCUGUUACAAAGAGGAAGGAAAAUGAAUCUGUCAGCACCACUCCCUACAAUCAGGUUGAUCCAUGGAAACCUCCCGUGGCCUUUGCUGACUUUAUAAACAAUGAGAGUAUUGUCAAUGAGGAUCUGGUUGCCUGGAUCAAUGCUGGCUUUCUCCAUAUUCCACAUGCUGAGGACGUACCCAAUACUGCAACCCUUGGGAAUGAAGUUGGUUUCUUCUUGAGACCAUACAAUUAUUUUGAUGAUGAUCCUUCCAUGUUUUCUCCAGACAGUGUUUUCUUCGACAACUUGCAGGACUCCACUUCCUGUGAGGUCAACUAACUUGCAUGUCUGGGAAAAAUAUAAUAGCCUCAUAUCUGCCCAUCCCCCCCUGCACUUAUGUAGGUUUUCAAAACAUAACAACUUUCUAAUGUCUUUCACUUAUUGACAGAUGAAUUAGAAAUUGAAAACAAACAAGGAAAGUAAAUUACAGGUAGCUAAUAUUUUCUCUCUUCUUCUUUCUGCAGCAUUAAUGUAUAUUUUUUGUCUGAUUAUUAGUCUACUGUCUGCAGGAAACCAUUCGAUGGAAUUCUCUGGGGCUUAAGAAUAAAUGUUGUAGAAUCUUU